AUGGAAGUGGGACAGAGGGAGAAGGAGAAUGGUAAAUCAGAGGAGCAGUGCCAGCUGGACUCUCUGGAUAAUCUGCUAGACAACAGCAGCUCACUGUGGAAGGGGGAGGUGGGAGAGAAGCAGAUAGAUGUUGCACUGAAGAUCCCAGAGAAGCUGGCGUUAGCGCUGGUGAAGCCCACGCAAACCCAGAGCAGCUGCAACCUCUCUACCGAAAAACUAGAGGUGCAAACAUUCGCCAUUGGGCCAGAAGCCAACCUGACAGAAACACCUCAGCUAAAAGCCAGAGACAACGUUUUGAAAAUUGAUCUACCCGGCAUUGCCAAGAACAACAAUGGUUCUGGAGCAGUGGUCUUCAUAGCCUACGUCAACAUGGAGGACGUGCUGAAGGCUGAAUUCUUCCACAAGGAGAGAAAGACCAGCAAGACCAUGAUGUCCAGUGUCAUCUCUGCCUCCCUCCCCAAUACCAAAAACACAGCGCUGCCUGAACCGGUCAACUUUACCCUGAGACACCUCACACAGGUGGACCCUGAGAGUAAUCUCACCUGUGUGUACUGGAAUCAUAACGGGUGGAUCGUGGAUGGCUGUGAGGCCAGAGAGACCAACGCCACUCACACCGUGUGCACCUGCAACCACCUGUCCACCUUCGCCCUCAUCAUGCAGACGGACAGACCACCUGAGGAUGACAUCAUCUUGAAGUGGAUCAGCAUGAUUGCAUUGUCGGUGGGACUGCUGAUUCUGGCCCUGGCCAUCCUGACCUUCAUCCUCUGUCGCUGGAACCCUAAAGUCAGCAACACAGCACGCCUGAACCUCUCCAUCUGCCUCUUCCUGGCCCACCUGCUCUUCCUGCUGGUGCAGAGUUUCCUCUUUCACAUCCAGAAGCACAAGCUGGUGUGCGCAGUGAUCUCGGGCGUGCUGCACUUCCUCUUCCUGUCCAGCUUUGUGUGGAUGUUCCUGGAGGCUCUGCAGCUCUUCCUGCUGGUGCGCAACCUGACAGAGGUCAGGAUUAUACAGAGGGAGGGAAUUCACUGCGGCUUCCUGCUACUGAUUGGCUACGGCAUCCCCUGCCUGGUGGUGGGUGUGUCUGCAGGAGUGGUUCCCGAUGGAUACGGCAGUGACCAAUGCUGGCUGAAGACUGAUGAGGGCCUCAUCUGGAGUUUUCUGGGGCCAGUGUGUUUUCUCCUUGCAGUGAAUGUCAUCCUCUUUAUUACCAUCAUGGGAUACCUGUGGUUCACUGUAGCUCGCCGGAACAAGGAAAUCUCUCAACUGAAAGACACCAGGAUGAUGGUGGUUAAAGCAAUAUUGCAGUUCAUCAUUCUUGGUUGCCCCUGGAUAUUCGGCUUCUUUGUGAAUAGCAGCAAGGUGCUGGAGUAUCUCUUCCUGCUUAUAACCUCCCAGCAGGGCACAUUCAUCUUCCUGGUGCACUGUGUCUUCAGAAAAGAGGUUCAGGAACAGUACAGGCAGUGGUGGAAGAACAUCUGCGGUUCCAAGGAUCCCUCUGAGUCGUCCCACUCAUUUACGACAUUCACAACGUCCCAGACCGCCACAAUUCACCAAGCUGAUGGUGACUAUGAGGAAAUCAAGGAUUCAAACCAACAACCACAUGCAGAUGCUGCAGUCACUUCCAUCCACUACACAGCCAGCUCACCCAGAGACCCUUCCGACUCCCUAAACUACGCCACCGUCAACUUCCCCAAACGCCCAGCCUCUGAGGAUCAGUCAGCCAUCACCCUCACUAAAGACUCCACUGAAUACUCCACUGUGAGCUUCCACACAGACCCUCCUAACUCUGAUAUCUACUCAACUGUCAGCUUACCCAAACAGCACCCGGAGACCAUCACAGAUGACUCUGCUACCUCUGUCACCGUGAACUUACACAUGGACCCUCCAGAAUCCACAACAUACUCCAAUCUCAGACUGUCCUGA